AUGGCCACCUCACCAAAAGGAACCUACAGAUUCAAUGCAAUCCCCAUCAAAUUCCAUUUCAUGAGCGUUAAGGAUGUUGUGCUGGAGAAACCUUACUACCUAAUAUACGAGGAUCAAAAAGUCAAACUCCACGAAAGAACUGCUGGAGAGAAACCCUAUGAGUAUACACAAUGGAAUAAAGCCUUCAAACAUCACAGUCAUCUUCAAAAGCUGGAAAGAAACAAAACUAGGGACAGACACUCUGAAGUCUUUCAACAUAGUAAAGUGCUUGCGUGUCAAAGUACUUUCCAAAUAAAUAAAAGAACAGGUACUGGAGAGAAACCCUACAAAUGUAAUGCAUGUGAUAAAGCCUUUUUAAAGCUCAAGUAUCUUCGAGCACAUGAAAGAACACAUACUGGAGAGAAACCCUAUGAAUGUAAUCAAUGUGGUAAAGCCUUUAUAUAUCUCAGCUAUUUUCGAAUGCAUGAAAGAACACAUACGGGAGAGAAACCUUAUCAAUGUAAUCAAUGUGGUAAAGCCUUUACACUAAGGAGUAUUCUUAAACGCCAUAAAGUAAUACAUACUGGAGUGAGAUCCUACAUAUGUAAUCAGUGUAAUAAAGCCUAUCCACGCCACAGUUGUCUCCGAAAACAUGAAAGAACACAUACUGGAGAGAAACCUUAUAAAUGUAAUCAGUGUGGUAAAGGCUUUGCACAGCUCAAGUACCUUCGAGCACAUGAAAGAACACAUACUCAAGAGAAAACCUACAAAUGCAAUCAAUGUGGUAAAGGCUUUACACAGCUCACCUAUCUUCGAGUACAUGAAAGAAGACAUAGUGGAGAGAAACCCUACAAAUGUAAUGAAUGUGAUAAAGCCUAUGUACAUCUCAAGCAUCUUCGAUUACAUGAAAGAAGACAUAGUGGAGAGAAACCCUAUAAAUGUAAUCAAUGUGGUAAAGCCUUUUUACAUCCCAGCUCUCUUCGAAUGCAUGAAAGAAGACAUACUGGAGAGAAACCUUACCAAUGUAAUGAAUGUGAUAAAGCCUUUUUACAGCUCAGCUAUCUUAGAUUACAUGAAAGAAGACAUAGUGGAGAGAAACCCUAUGAAUGUAAUCAAUGUGGUAAAGCCUUUUUACAUCCCAGCUCUCUUCGAAUGCAUGAAAGAAGACAUACUGGAGAGAAACCCUAUAAAUGUAAUCAAUGUGGUAAAGCCUUUUUAUAUCCCAGCUAUCUUCGAAUACAUGAAAGAAGACAUACUGGAGAGAAACCCUAUGAAUGUAAUCAAUGUGGUAAAGCCUUUUUACAUCCCAGCUAUCUUCGAAUACAUGAAAGAAGACAUACUGGAGAGAAACCCUAUGAAUGUAAUCAAUGUGGUAAAGCUUUUUUACAUCCCAGCUAUCUUCGAAUGCAUGAAAGAACACAUACUGGAGAGAAACCCUAUGAAUGUAGUCAAUGUGGUAAAGCCUUUUUGCAACCCCACUAUCUUCGAAAACAUGAAAAAACACAUAACUGGAGAGAAACCUUACAAAUGAGAUCAAUGUGGUAAGGCCCUUACACAAAGCAGUCAUCUUAAAACCCAUAAAGUAAUACAUACUGGAGGGAGACUCUAAAUAUGCAAUCAGUGUGAUGAAGCCUAUUCACACCGGAGUUAUCUUCUAAUACAUGAAAGAACACAUACUGGAGAGAAACCUUAUAAAUGUAAUCAGUGUAGUAAGUCAUUUAUAUCUC